UUAUAUUGGUAGAAAUGCUCAUCAGAUAUGCUAAUUUUGUUCUACAAUCUAGCAAGCCUUAUGGCUCUAGAUUUUUUUCUUCUGCUGCAUCUGCUGUGGAAAGUACUCUUCCAGAAGAUUCUGCUCCUAAAAAAGUUAAUGAGCGACGAGUUUCUUCGCAGAUUGAAAAACUUGUCGAUGAAAUUGCUUCUUUGUCAUUACUUGAGGUGAGUGACCUCAAUUAUGCUCUCAAAAAGCGGCUCAAUAUUAGUGACCAACAAAUGUUUCCAAUGUCAGGAGUGCCUUCUACGCCGCAAAUGAGUCAAGGAACAGUUGCGCAGAAGGAAGAAGAUGCGCCGACUAAAACGUCGUUUGCGGUGAAACUGAGCAAGUACGAUGAAUCGAAGAAGGUUGCAUUGAUUAAGGAAGUUAAAGCAUGUGUUCAAGGAUUGAACCUAGUUCAGGCAAAGAAGCUUGUUGAAUCAUUUCCAAUUGAGAUCAAGACAGAUUUGGGUAUGAAAGAAGCGGAAGAAUUAAAAAUUCAACUGGAAAAGGCAGGAGCAAUUUGUGAAAUUAUUUGA